CCGAAAAACGUGAAAAUUUUUUGUUCGGCGCCUUCGGCGGCCAAGUUCCACUAUAGGUGAGGGUGUAAAAAUUUGCGUUCACAAAAAUUAGCCAGAAAUGAUCAGAAUGAUCUGUUCGGGAUUUUUAGAUGGUCGCUAAAAAACGUGAAAAUUUUUUGUUCAGAGGCCAAGUUCAACCAGGGGUGAGGGUGUAGAAAUUAGCGCUCACAAAAAAUUAGCCAGAAUUAAUCUGGCGUCCCCCUCUUUUUAAAGUUAGUUCGUACCUUGGUCCCUAGAGAGCGCUCAAAAUCAAGCUAAGAACCAAUCAGAGUGCGUACAUAAUCGUCAAAAGACCCAAGGCAUAAAAUCACUUGCUUCGCUCGCGCAAAAUCAAAUUUUUUUUCAUUUUCACGGGCUGACGGCCCCGUAAUAACCCAUUUGCUUUUACUGAGGGCCCUACAGGGCCGCGGGGCCGGUCUGCCAGCCGCCCAGCCGGCCCGACACGAGCGGCGCACGUUGUAAGCGCGGAAAGCGCGCGGCCCGCUUCGCGGCCCGUGCGCUUUUGCCGCAGCCCGAAGGCCGCUUCGCGGCCUUUUUGGCGGCCCACGGGGGCCGCGGCCCACCGGGCUUUAGCCCGGUGCGCCCGAUUACCCAGUCCGGGCCUGUAUGGAAGUCAAAACUUAUUAAAUAAAUAUAACAGAUCAUCUAUUUAGCUGAAAUUCAGCAGGAUUAAAAAUGAGUAAGAAAGUUGAGCCUGCAGAGAUGAUUUCAACGGUGACAGAAGGGCCGGUGGAACUGGAGAACCAGUUCAUCCUUCGGCUGCCUGCAGAGCCGGCCAAGGCCCUGCGGGAGGCGGUUCGAAGCGGCAGCAACAAUCUGAAGGAGCGUCUGACCGUCAAGCUGGAGCCGGACAUGCGGCACGGCGAGGUGCGAUUCGACCACUGGUUGCUGCACGCUCGUCUUAUGGACCUGCCCACCAUCAUGGAGUCGUUGAAGACCAUAGACAACAAGAACUUCUACAAAACGGCCGACAUCUGCCAGCUGCUGGUGUGCAGCACCGAGGAAGAACCGCCGCCCCCUCCUGAGGAAGAGGCGCCCAAGAAGAAAAAGGACCCCAACAAGGUGGACAAAAAGUACCUGUGGCCGCACGGAGUGACGCCGCCCAUGAAGAACGUCCGGAAACGCAGAUUCCGGAAAACCCUGAAGAAAAAGUACGUCGAGGCGCCUGAAAUAGAGAAGGAGGUGAAGCGGCUGCUGCGAGUGGAUAACGAGGCCGUCAACGUCAAGUGGGAGAUCAUCAGUGAGGACCAGUUGCUGGGCCCUCCAGAACCAGGGGUUGAGGUCGAGGACACGCCCCCCAAAGAGAAGGAAGGCAAGCGGAGCAAAAAGAGCCACAAGGAGGCCAACCUGGCCGAGCAUGACAUCUUCGGUGAGGCCGUGUCUGACUCAGACGCGGACGACGACUCCAACUCUGACGAGGAUGACACCAAGGGCAUUGACGUGCUCAACCUGGAUGACGAGGAGAGCAGCCGGCUGAUGAUGUCUGCUGGGGAGGACAGUCUGGCGCCCAGUCAGGACACGGGUGGCGCCUCCACCUCCACUGGACUGGUCACGCAGUUCUCCAAGGAGAUGUUCAGCAAGCCGGACAGCAUGUCCCCCUCCUCGUCGCCUGUUCCACUAGACGCCAAGGAGGGUCGCGGGGCGCGCGACCUCGAGUUGAGGGCGGCGCGUCUGCGUAAGGACCUCGAGGAACUGCACGCGAUGCGCGAGCAGCGCCAGCAGCAGCAAGAAAUGGCCGGUGACAAUGAAAACGUUGCCCUCAGGCAGAGGUUCAGCGAAAUCUUUGACGAGCAGAUUGCGGCCAAGGAGCGCGAGCUGCAGCAGGUGUUGGACAGUAUGUGAGGACAGAGUCUUUUCUUUGGACCAAGAAAAACAAACAUCUUUUGUAAAGUUUGUCUGUGAAUAAUUUAGAUGCUAUAAUAUUUCUGAUUGUUCAGUAAAUCAUAUAAUUUUUUUAAUUCAAAUCAAACAUAAAGAUUGUUGAUUUCAAUAGCAUUAAAAUAUCAAUUUAUAAUUACAAAAGAUACAAAAAAGAUUGAAUUUAUGGAUCGCUUGAAUCUUAAAUAUUUAAAAUUUAAAGAAAUAAAUAAACUCGAAUGGGAAAUUUAGCUGAA